GUAUCUUUGAGUUUGGCAUCAACACUAAGGGCAGUAAAUACACAAGAAACUACUCAAUGUGGAAACCUGGGUUAAAGGGUUUCCUUUCGCUCAGAAAUACAUUAAAAGAAAUCGUCACACAGCAAACAGACUAUUCUCCCCUUUUAAAAUCCUCAAAUCCGUUAAAACGGACAGCGCCUUCGUCUCAUAACGGAAUUGCGGCAACACAAAAUGCAAGUUCAAAAGCUGCCAUAAAUCAGCCGUUUCAAAGAGAAGCUCCAAAUCAUCUAAAUCACGGUGCUACGACCAUAAAAACUCGUUCUUUUAAUGAUGACAUUCACCGUUCCAGUUCAAACAAGCCAGGUCGACUAUUACACGAGAAAACUAUAGAACAAAACGGUACAGAAAACACCUCUACCAUAAGUAAAUCCAAUGAUCUUGAAUGUAAAAAAGACAAGCAAACCGACGGCUCAUCCACUAUAGCACCAGACAGCGAAUCCCCAAAAAACAAAACGAGAGGCCCAUUUAAUGAAACAUCAGCCAAGGAACGUUACUUCGACGAAGAUAAUGAGGGAAACGAAGAAGAACCAAAAUUGAAACCAUCAAAGGUUCCUUCAUCCCAAGUUAGUCGACUAUUCCACUACGGUGGUUUGGCAGCUUCGCUCUCAGCAGGUGCCGUUAGCGAGAAAUGGAAACGUUUCUGGGGUUCUAGCAAGGAAACUGGUGCUUCGUUUCUGAGUCGACGAAAUACAGAAGUCUUAGUCAACAAGCUCACUCAAAUGAGAGGGGCGGCACUAAAAUUAGGUCAAAUGGUUUCAUUCCAAGACUCAGAUAUAUUCCCUAAAGGCAUGUCAAAGGUUUUGGAGCGAGUGCGCGAUGGUGCACAUUACAUGCCCGACAAACAACUCGAACGUGUCAUGCAAAAAAAUCUCGGACCAGACUGGUUGAAACUCUUUAGCGAUUUUCAGCGCAUGCCCAUUGCGGCUGCUUCCAUCGGUCAAGUGCACAAGGCUCGUUUGGCCUCUUCUAAUGCGCUCGUCGCGGUAAAGGUGCAGUACCCAGGCAUUGACAAGUCUAUCGAUUCCGACUUGAGCAACCUCUCCAUGCUAUUGACGGCAUCGAAACUUUUGCCAAAAGGUUUGUUUUUGGAGGAGAGCAUCCGUGAAGCUCGCAGAGAACUCAAGUGGGAAUGCGAUUACAAACGUGAAGCAGCAUGUGCAGAACGAUUUCAUGAACUUUUACAAGGUGAUCCGAACUUCAAGGUACCAAGGGUGUUUCGCGAAGCAAGCGGACCCACUGUUUUAACACUUGAGUACCUGCAUGGCCAGGCCCUUGGCAAGCAAAAGCUUCCUCAAAAAGAAUGCAACCGUCUUGGUACACUGCUUAUGCAUCACUGUCUUCGGGAAAUUGCAGAUUAUCACUUCAUGCAAACCGAUCCUAACUGGUCCAACUUUUUGUAUAAUGAGCAUACACGACAGUUGGAGCUUCUGGACUUCGGUGCAUCAAGGGAAUAUGACGACAAGUUUGUUGAUCGCUACUGCCGACUUUUGUUAGCAGCAGCCAAACGUGACUUUGAUACGUGCCGCCGCUUAUCCGUUGAGCUGGGAUAUUUAAACAAAAAUGAAUCCUCUUUAAUGAUCAAGGCUCACAUCGAAUCACUCUUUACACUCGCCGAGCCGUUCGCCGACGACGCUCCCGAGGUGUUUGACUUCCGGACACAAACAAUUACAGAGCGCAUCAAGGCCGAAAUCCCCGUAAUGCUUAAACUUCGUCUACAGCCGCCGCCCGAACAAACAUACUCUCUGCACAGGCGCCUCAGCGGGCACUUUUUACUGUGUGCGAAACUAGGAGCACAGAUUAGAUGCAGGAAGAUAUUCUACGAGGUCCUGAAGAAGUAUGACAAUAAUGAACACUGAUGAGUAAUGAAUAAGAAUGAUUACGCGAAAGCACAGCGGCA